UAUCAUUUGGAACUAUUAGUAUUCGUCUAGCUUCAAGAUGGAUUGGUUAUCUAUUAUUCUGUGGUCUUUCAUUAGUAUUGUGUCGGUAACUUUCAUUUAUUUCAAAAAAAAAUUUUCGUAUUGGAAAGAUCGCGGGGUCAAUUAUGUUGAACCGACAUUUCCCCUUGGAAAUUUAUCAUUUCGAAAAGCACAUUUUAAAGAUUUCAUUAUCAACGUCUACCAGCAUAAAAAUAAAAGCCCUUUCGUGGGAGCUUACAUACUGACGAAACCAAUAAUUAUUCCGACGAGUCUGGACCUUAUACAGAACAUUCUAGUGAAAGAUUUCAGUAAUUUCCAUGAACGUGGAGGAUACUCGAAUGAAGUAGAUGACCCCUUGUCUGCCCACAUGUUUUCUGUGGAUGGCGAAAAAUGGAAAUCGUUACGAACAAAGUUAUCACCGACAUUUACCUCCGGCAAAAUGAAAUUCAUGUUCCCUACAGUUGUAGAAGUAGCGAAUCGAUUCAAUGCUACCCUUGCGGAUAUUGUCAAACCGACUGGAUCGGAACUGGAGGUUCGAGAUCUACUGGCCAGAUUCACAACAGAUGUGAUAGGAUCAUGUGCAUUUGGAAUAGAAUGUAAUAGUUUGAAAGACCCUAACUCAGCUUUUCGCUACUAUGGAAGAAAGAUUUUUGAAGACUCUCCAAUCGGACCAGCAACAGCGUUGUUAGUGCUUCAAUUCCCAGACUUGGCAAGAAAACUGCAUGUUAGCCUCUUGCGGAAAGAAGUUAGUGAUUUCUUUAUGAAUACGGUUCGCGAAACGAUCGACUAUCGGGAAAAAAAUAAUGUGAAACGCAAUGAUUUCAUGAAUUUCUUAGUUCAGCUGAAAAAUGGGAAGAGCGUGGAUGACGAGAGCUCAAAAGAAAUUAACAAAUUAACUAUGGAAGAAAUAGCAGCACAAGCAUUUCUAUUUUUUGCUGCAGGUUUUGAGACUUCAUCUACUACAAUGACAUAUUCCUUAUAUGAGUUGGCAUUGAACCCCGAUAUUCAAGAAAAAGCCCGACAGGAAAUCAGGAAUAUUUUGGCAAAACAUGAAGGAGAACUGAGCUAUGAGGCAGUUCAAGAAAUGACAUACAUUGACCAAAUAAUAAGUGAGGCUCUUCGCAAAUAUCCGCCAGUGGUAUUUCUCACGAGGAGGGCUGCUGACAAAUACCAGAUACCCAACACAAAAACAAUCAUUGACAAAGGAUUGGACACAAUGAUACCAGUUUACUGCAUUCAUCAUGAUCCUGAAAUAUAUCCAAACCCUGAAAUUUUCGAUCCAGAUCGUUUUACACCAGAACAGAUAAGAAACCGGCAUCCAAUGUCCUUCUUAGGUUUUGGUGAUGGUCCUAGGAAUUGUGUAGGAUUGCGUUUUGGACGAAUGCAGACACGAAUUGGUCUGAUUACCUUAUUACAAAAUUAUCGAUUCAAAUCAUCGCCGAAGACAGCAAUCCCAUUGAUUUUUGAUCCUGACGUAGGAAUACUUACACCAAAGGGUGGAAUGUACCUUGCAGUCGAGAAAAACUAGAAAUUGUUAUAUCGUGGUUCUGAUGGCAGCAGAAUUACGGGGGGCGGCACAUAAAUUAUUACUUUUAUUAAGUGGAUACUGUGAAUUUAUUUUCAGAUAAUUUCAUAAAGG